AUGGUACCUAGCAUUGUACAAUCCGACGACAUGGAUCAAGUCGAGAUCCCGUUUCCGGCGAUUCGUGAGCGCCAGGAGGGCUCGCCUCCUCCGUUCCAAGACCCUCUUGCUCUUCUCCGAAGCCUUCCUGAGCCUCCCCUGGAAUGCCAGGUAUGUGUUGUUGGCGCAGGCCCUGCUGGUUUGAUGUUGGCUGCAAACUUGACCAGAUACGGCGUCAACGUUGAGGUAAUCGAUGAUCGAGCCGAUCAGACGCCUGUGGGAAGAGCCGAUGGCUUACAACCAAAAACGAUCGAGACCUUCAGACAAAUGCGACUAUCGGACACUUUGCUAAAACAAGGUGUCCGGGUUUUUGAUAUUGCUUUCUGGCGUAGCACAGCGGACGAACCUCUUCGUCGACUUGGUCGCGAAGUCCACUAUCCACCUAUUAUCGAUGUCCUUGACCCCUACAUUCUGCUCGUUCACCAGGGUAUGGUUGAAGGACUAUUUCUUGAGGAUAUGAAGAAGCGUGGUAAGGAGGUCCGUAGGAAUAUGGCUUUUGAGUCGUACAGCGUCCCAGACAACAAGACAGGUCCUCUUCAGGUCAACUGCCGUGCCAACGUCAAUCAGGACAAGCGCUCUGUCCUGACUCAAUACCUGAUUGGAUGCGACGGUGCCCACUCCAAGGUCCGCAAGAGUAUCCCUGAUGUCAAGGCUGUCGGCAUGUCGCAGGCCGCCAUUUGGGGUGUUCUCGACGGUGAACUUAUUACUAAUUUCCCUGACAUCUGGUCCAAGACGCUCGUUUACUCACAAGAGCAUGGUUCAAUUCUAAUCAUACCUCGAGAGAGGAACAUGACCCGUUUCUAUAUUGAGCUCAAGGCUGGUGCCAAAUUGGACCGCCGCGACCUGGGCCAGGAAUUCAUGAUGAAGCGCGCUAAGAAGAUUAUGGCGCCGUUCCACCUAGACUGGAAGUACGUCGAGUGGUUUGGUCGUUAUCAGGUUGGCCAGAGAGUCGCCAGCCGCUUCACCGAUGGCCAUCUCAGGGCCUUCUUGGCUGGUGACGCUAGUCACACGCAUUCUCCCAAGUCGGCGCAGGGUAUGAACACCUCGAUGCACGACUCAUGGAAUCUAUCAUGGAAGUUGAACUUGGCUGUCCGAGGCUUGGCUAAGCCAAAUCUGCUGGAGAGCUACGAAGAGGAGCGGCGUAAGAUUGCCCUUGACUUGGUCAACUUUGACUAUGAACAUGCGAACCAAAUUGCCGGGGGAGAUGCAAUUGCUCUGGCUGAAAACUUCAGGACAAACGUCCGCUUCAUCUCUGGUAUUGGCGCUGAGUACGGUGAGAAUGCCAUUAACAGACCUGGAAUUGGAAACAACCAGUUUGUCAUGGGAGAUGCCAAGCCAGGUUGUCUCCUCCCUCCCGCCAAGGUUACUCGAUAUAUCGAUUCCAAUCCCGUGGACAUCCAGCUUGACAUUCCCAUGCUUGGCCAAUUCCGUAUUUAUCUUCUCAUGUGGGACGUUCAACAGUCAGCGCCUUUCCUCCAGACUUUCUGUCACGCCAUUGCCAGUACCGAUUCUUUUAUUAGCAAACUAUCUGCUGCGGCUAGCGCAUCAUAUGCUUCACAGCCCCGUACUUCGGCUCCUGAGGAUGUUUACUCCCGGCCUGAGAGAUACACUCAUGUCAGCCACCUUUUCACCUUUGGUCUUAUCACAACUAUGCCCAAGACAGAAAUUGAGAUCUCAGACCUUCCACCUCUUCUGCAAGACAGCCGAUGGACUUUCUACCUUGACGAUAUUCCCGACCAGGACACUCGCGGCUCUCUUUGCACUAAUAAGUGGCUCGGCAGCCUUGGACCUGGCGAGGUGGCCAUCGUUAAUGUCCGCCCCGACGGUUAUGUUGGCUCGAUAGGCCGGUGGGAUUCAGGUAUUGACGAAUCUGGUGUCCAAGCAGCUCGAUGGCUCGAUGAAUACUACGAUGGGUUUAUGCAACUCCCGACGCAGUAA